AUGAGAUUGCUCAUUGUUUUCGCCAUCAUCAUCCAGUUGUCUCUCUCGACAAACUUCAUCAUCCACAACAACUUCGCGUGUCCUGGUAGACGUUUCGCAGUUCGAUUUUACAUCUAUGAAUUUGAUUUGACAUCUAAUGCUAAUAUGAUCGGUAAUUCCGGCAGUCACUUUGAUAACAAUGGUGAGAUUGUUGUUAAUGGAACUACCGAAAACAACGAUCUAUCAGAUGACGUAAGUUUUCAAUCAGUUUCAAUCAAACCAACUGAAAUUUUUGUUUCAGAAGGAAUAUUUUCUUUAUUCAUGGCUUUACCAUAAUUGCACAACAACAGGAAGAGAAAAAUGUCUCGUCAAUUUUCUUUCCAGAACGAACCCUAAUGUCAGAGAAGUGACUAUUAAUUAUCUCGUAAAUCUUGCUGAUAACAAAUACUACGGCUGUUCUUGGUAUCGUGAUGUGAUUGUGAAUGGUAAUUAUAGACUUUUCUAA